AUGCAUCUCCCUACUCUCGCUCUCAGUUUCCUGGCCACCAGCGCCGCCGCGGUGGUGGUCCCCGUUGCUCGCAACGAAACUCUCGACUUUGACGCGUUCCGCACCGAGGUCCUCCAGCCUGGGAACAUUCAGGAGCUUUGGAAGGGCGUCUACCCGCACAUUGACGCCCUCCUUCCUGGAAUCCAGUGCGCCAUCGCCGACGACGCGGGCACGUACGCCAGUGUCGAUGCAUCCUUGGUGUCGGUGCGCUCCGACUACUGCACUUCUCUCGAACAAGAGCUCGUAUCCAUUUUCCCCACCAUCCGCUGCUACGGCGACCUGGACCUGGAUGCUUACCUGGCCAACAACAUGACGGCCGCCGAAUCCAAUCUUCAGACCCGUGCUACGAACCCAGUCAUCGAGGCGGAUGAGUCCACCGACAAGUCCAAGGCCAGCACCAAGACUCAGUCCUUCGUCAGCAGCUGCGCCGGUGCCACGCACCCGGGCAACUGCCGCGCUUGUGCCAUUGGAUACGGUGCUGCUGCGGCGUCCGAGAUUGGCGUCUGUGCUGCUGCCGCUUAUGCUGCCAUGGCCUCCACCGCUGGUGUCGCCACGCCUGCUGUUGUUGCGGGCAUGACCACUUGUGGUGCUCAUGCCCUUACUUCUUUGUUCGCAAACAUCAACGGUUGCUGGACUCGGUAA